AUGCUCGGAGCGCUCACCCCCCCCAUCAGCAGCGUCAGGAGAAGGCCCCUUUUCCACAACCAGAAGCGAUUCGCGUACUACCGCUUCCACAAGCGAGUGGGCAAGGGCUCAUGGAGCAAGUACGUCGAGCGGUUCAAGCCCCCAAGAAGCAUAGAAAACACACAGCGACUCAUUUUCAACUACGAGCCGACGUAUUCGGAAAAGAAGGCGUCCUGCAGCUGGCAGUGGCUGCUCCCCAAAAAGAUCGCGCAAGCCACAACAUCGGAUGAGGUUUUAAAUGUGUGGGUGUACUACCGGCACAAGAGAAAGAAGGCGUAUCAUUAUAUAAAGGCUCUGAAGAGGCUAGUCGACGUGGGGACCUGCUCCACCAGCGAUUGGAGGUUCAAAUUAAUCACCUCCAGGGUACAAAACAAAAUUAAUACCUUCCUGAAUCUCCCCAGAAUAUGUUACUACUAUGGGAGGUUAAAAGCCACAGCUCAGUUGGAAGGCAUGAGCAAGAUGAUAAACCACCGACUAAGCUGUUACCUUCCUCAUCAGUUGAUUUUAAUUUUGCGGAGUUUUGCCCUUUGUGAGCUGCAAGACAAGCAACUCUUUUGCAAAAUAAGGGACCAGCUGAAACCCCACGUGAGCACGCUUUCCUUUUUCCACCUAUCCGAAAUUGCGAAGAGUUAUGCGGCCUGCAUGAUCCACGACUUUCUGUUCCUCGGCGUGGUAGCGGAUGAGGUGAUGCUCAGGGUUAGGCUGUGCAACGAGAGUAGCCGCAGCCGGCUCGGCGAGUACAACACGCGGGGGGGAGGAGCCCCGGUAGGCGCGGCGGGAGCGGUUUCUUCCACCGAUGCGUCUAGCGCGUCUGCCACGUCUACCGCUCCCGCCGCUCCCCCCGGGGAGGGCAACCUCGUGCAGCACCGGCGGGGGCAGUUCUGCUACUACCCCCAAAUGGAGAGCCUAAUCGAAAUAGCCGUCUCCUUCGCAAACCUGAAGUUCCAAAACUACCCCUUCUUCGACUGCAUCAGCAGACUCACCAUGUACAUGCUGAGAGAUGAAAGCAGAAACGCCCUCAACCCUUUCCUCCUAGAAAAAAUAGCCUCCUCAUUCAGCAAAUUAAAGAUAAACGAUGUGAGGCUAUUUGAGCACAUCCUCAGGCAUAUAGGCACAUACACGUAUGAUUACCCUCCCCAUGUGCUCAGCUCAAUCGGGUGCCUCUUCUCCUAUACAUUGCCAAUUCGCUACAGACCAAUCAACCGGAUUUACAAAAAAAUGAUGCCACACAUAUAUGCAAGUUUGCCCAUCUUGAACAUGGACGGUUUGACGAAAUUUUCUUCCUUCGUUCAUAAGGGGGUGACGGACAGGAGGGCAAAAAAGGAAUUCCUCUUUCGAGUGAACGACGCUGUUAAGAGGGCAGAGAACAGACACUCCAAAAUGAUGUAUGAUGCUCCCAGGCUGUUGGAGAUUUUAACCUUUCAUGGAUUGCUCGAUGGGGAUUCUUUUCAAAUUAUUUGCAAACAUAUGCACGGCAAUAUAAAGUACUUCGAGCCAUGCGACUUUAACAGAGCCGCCAGAGCGCUGAACCUGGCAAAGAGGAAAUUCACCUUGGAGGAUGCGAAGAUCGUCAACGCGCUUGCAAGGAAUGCCAUUAAACAGUUUGACCUUUUUCAUAUUAUAGACUACCACCAAUUUUGUAAGUCCAUUUUAAAUGCAACUGGGUUGAAGGACGCUUACCGAAUUUGCUUGGUCAAGCAUCACAACAGCGUUCCUUUCUUUGGCUUUGAUGAAUUGACACUGGAGGGGGAUAUACCCAGCCAGGAAAAAAAAAACGCACACAGGUACAGGAAGGGCACCAUCCGGUUUGCCAACAAGAGAUUUGAGCAGGAGUAUCCCCUGCAUAGGUCACUGGCUGAGUCGUAG